AUGUUGCCAUCGACCCUCUUUCUUUCCUGCCUCGUGGGCGCAGUGACCGCGGCUUUUAGCGACAGCUCUCUCGAAAAACAUGCCAACGUUCUCAAGCUUUCGGCCUCCUUUAACCCUGUCAAGGAAUCUUACUGGACUGGCUAUCCUCAUCAUCGCCGUACUCCCUUUGCCGUUUCGCCCGAUGGCAAAUCCGCAUAUCUAGCAUACCUCGAUGCUAGCGGAACCAACGUACAUAUCCAGCAAGUUGAUCCUUCAACCUUCGCUUCCGUCGGAACGGCUACGACCGUUACGGGCGGAAAGGAGGCUGCUGGUCUCGUUGCUCACAACGAUGGUUUCGCUUUAUUGACUAACGAAGCUCUGCCUGCUGGUACCGCAAAUGCUCCCACUGAUAACAUGCCCGUUCCUGUUCUGUACCGGUACACCUCCGGCAAGCAGACCUUCAAGACUUUCCUCGGCGGCCCAGGCGUUCACGAGUCCGCUGGCCUUCAUGCUUCCCCUGAUGUCAAUGGUGAUCUCGCCUAUUCUGAGGCAGCUGGUAUCUAUGGUGCUUACUUCGUCGUCACUGCCUACUCUGGGGCUGCCGCUGGUCAUUUCGGUGAUGCCAUCCAAUACGUUGGAAACGACGGUAAGAUCCAGCAGAUUGCCGGAGCCAGCUCCACCUGGGGUUGCUCUCACAACACUGGUAUCGCCUUUGAGGCUGCCGACUCUGCUCCUUUUGCUAGUAUCUGUUCCGAAGAUCAGGGUGCUAUCUGGUUGAACACUGCCACCCAGAGUAUGAACGGCGUUAAGAUCUCCAACGAGAACGUCACCAACGGUGGAAGUGGUGAGCCCAUGGGAGGUAUGGGUGGUUCUUACAGCGGCCUUGCCCGAUUCCAGGAAAGCGACUCUUACAUCUUCACCUGGGUCUCUCGCGGCGCUAAGGACCUCUACCCCAAUGAGUGGCUCGGUGGAGGCUCUACUCGUGCCAUUAACCGAACAAACAACCGCAACGUCGCUAUUGCCCAGAUGUCCGACAAGAAGACUCUCGUUGGUGAGCAGGCUACCUCCGAGCUUGUCGCCGAUGGUGACUCCCAGGUCAACUGGAUCACUCAAGGUACUGCCGAUUGCUCUAACGCACACGUUGCCACCUUCGACAAGAGCAACGCACUCGUCACUUGGGAGGAGAUCGCCAACCCUACUUGUGACUUCAUUGCUAUGGGCUGCAAGGGCGCUUUCACCGGCUCUUACUUCCAGUUGGUCAACGAUGGAAAGAAGGUCGGAGAGCCCAUCAAGGCUAUGGAUGUUACCGUUGCGGGUGACAUGGUCACCAUGAAGGAUGGCCGCAUUUGCUGGCCAUACAUCGACAUGGAAUGGAGUCUUGACGGCCCUAUCCGUAAUGCUGCGAGUGUGUCGUCUGUCAGCUUUGCUUGCAUGAACUUGGAUGGUUCUGGAAGUACCGCUCCACCAGCUUCUUCCGCCCCAGCUGCUUCAUCUGCGGCACCAUCCACCUCUGCUGCUGCCGCCCCUGCUACAUCCAAGCCCGCACAGGAGCCAACCUCUGCUGUCGAGGCUGAGGCUUCCGCCGCUCUUCCCGUCGCCAGCGGCCCUUCUUCUGCUGUAGAAGCCCAGCCAUCAACUUCCGUUGCCCCC